AUGAAUGACGGUACACUCGUCAUUCGUGAAGAGAAGGUUACAUCGCGAAAUGUAGGCGGUGUUGGUUUUGUUGUGCACCCAUCUGUCGUCCAUCUUGUAGAUUCUCACGAGAUCCUGUCACCGCGUCUGGCAAUUCUUCGCCUCCGCCCUCUGUACCAAAAAUGCAUCAGUAUCAUUGACUGCUACUCGCCAACAUCAGCAGCUGACGAAUCCAAAUUUAAUACCCUCUGGAGGAAGUGA